AUGGCACAGUUGCUUACAAUCAAACGUGAAUGCAUAUCCAUCCACGUUGGUCAGGCUGGUGUUCAGAUUGGCAAUGCAUGUUGGGAAUUGUAUUGUCUUGAACAUGGAAUCCAGCCUGAUGGUCAAAUGCCUAGUGAUAAAACUGUAGGAGGUGGAGAUGAUUCAUUUAACACCUUCUUCAGUGAGACAGGAGCUGGUAAACACGUUCCCAGAGCAGUGUUUGUGGACCUAGAGCCAACUGUUGUUGAUGAAGUACGUACAGGCACAUAUAGGCAGUUAUUCCAUCCUGAACAGCUCAUUACUGGGAAAGAAGAUGCAGCCAAUAAUUAUGCCAGAGGCCAUUAUACCAUUGGAAAAGAGAUUGUUGAUCUAGUGCUAGACCGCAUUCGCAAACUGGCUGAUCUGUGCACAGGGCUACAAGGUUUCCUUAUCUUUCAUAGUUUUGGAGGAGGCACUGGUUCAGGAUUUGCAUCUCUGCUCAUGGAAAGGCUCUCUGUUGACUACGGCAAAAAGUCUAAACUAGAAUUUGCGAUUUAUCCAGCACCACAAGUUUCCACUGCUGUAGUGGAACCCUACAACUCAAUUCUAACUACCCAUACAACAUUAGAGCAUUCAGACUGUGCCUUCAUGGUAGACAAUGAAGCCAUUUAUGAUAUAUGUCGUCGUAACCUUGACAUUGAACGUCCUACUUACACCAAUUUAAACCGAUUAAUUGGGCAAAUUGUUUCAUCCAUCACAGCUUCGCUGCGUUUUGAUGGAGCCCUCAAUGUAGAUCUGACAGAAUUUCAAACUAACCUUGUUCCAUACCCACGAAUCCAUUUCCCGCUGGUAACAUAUGCCCCUGUCAUCUCUGCUGAAAAAGCCUAUCAUGAGCAGUUAUCUGUGGCCGAAAUUACUAAUGCUUGUUUUGAACCAGCCAACCAGAUGGUAAAAUGCGACCCUCGCCAUGGCAAAUACAUGGCCUGCUGCAUGUUAUACAGAGGUGAUGUUGUUCCCAAAGAUGUCAAUGCAGCUAUUGCUACUAUCAAGACUAAACGUACCAUUCAGUUUGUGGAUUGGUGCCCAACUGGAUUCAAGGUGGGCAUUAACUACCAGCCUCCAACUGUGGUGCCAGGUGGUGACCUUGCAAAGGUGCAGCGGGCUGUGUGUAUGCUGAGUAAUACAACUGCUAUUGCUGAAGCAUGGGCUCGCCUUGACCACAAAUUUGAUCUAAUGUAUGCUAAGCGUGCUUUUGUACAUUGGUAUGUUGGGGAAGGAAUGGAGGAAGGAGAAUUUUCUGAAGCCCGGGAAGACCUGGCUGCCCUUGAGAAAGAUUAUGAAGAAGUCGGCAUAGAUUCAGUAGAAGCAGAGGCUGAAGAAGGAGAUGAGUACUUAGAAAACUAAAGUCUGGAAAAAUGUAGAGAGAGGGGAGGAAAAAAAAAAAAAAGAGAAUUGCAGAACCCUGUUUGCAGAGCAUCUGCUUGUUUGACUGUUUUCAAAUAAAGUUUUAAAGGUUCUAUCCUCUUUUUUUUUUCUUCUUUACUGUUUACAUACA